AUGAUCAAUUUUUGGACGACAGAGACGACGAACACGCUCCUCAACAAGUCCGGCGAUCAUCCUCUCGAUCUCAUCUUCUGCUCCGGAGAACACCCCCAGUUUUCUUCCAGAGCAGAAGUCUUUAAGGAUGCCCUUGCGCGGCGCAUAUUCGACAGAGCGCGUCUCAUCAAGUUUAUGCUCGAUGAUAUGACAGAAGAGUGGGGAUCGCCUGACUGGCCCAAGAUUGGCGCGUGCGCUCGGGUCCUGACCACAAUACUCUCUACUCCAGCGCCUCGGAUGGUGGCGCUCAACCUUAUAUACACCUUCGACUUCGAGAGGAUGCCAGAGCAUUACAAGCCCGCGCCUAGCAUCAACCUCUGUCACCGGGAUAUGUCUUCUGCCGACUAUGCCUCUCUGCGUAUUCUCAAGUUGGAUAGUUGGAUAACCAUAGCGCCGGACGACAUCUUCUACCGUCCUCCCCUGGUCAGCUUGACUCUGUCGCGUGGUGUCUACUUCGACACGAUCGGAGAGUUCCUCGACGUGCUUGCACGCUUGCCUACUCUUCGGUCGUUGAAACUGUAUAACGAGGACGACGACAUUUUCGAACGUGAAGACCCGUUUGGGGAAGACCCCAUGAAAGAGGCCGCCUUGAGGUACGGACGGGAACCAGGCUCUGUCGCCUUACCCUCGCUGGAGCUAUUCAAGUUCGGAGUGUCUCGUCUUGCGCUCAUCGUCGACAUUAUGCGUUGGGUAUCGCUCCCUCGCUCGACACGUCUGGUCUUCACGCGCGUAUUAUACCACAGAGAUAUGCCAGAGAUCUCCCCAAGAUCGAUUCAGGAGGAGGUAGUUGGCCUAUGCGAUACGCUUAAGAAUCAUCUUAACUCGCAAGAGCGGAAGGGGGACCCCACCUUCUGUGGCCUUGGUGGCCUCGUGGCGACGGCAGAAGGGCCGUGGGUUGAUGAAGGCAGAUCGACCUGCACCUUCCGUAUUCGCGCACACAGCCUGUACCCGCCCGACGCUCGCACGACCCCGCUUAUCGACAUAUCACUCAACUAUUAUAUGGGCUUCCUGUAUGAUAACAUCAUGCUCGAGUUCGCCAAAAGGCUUCCCUUCAUCCACGGCAACGAGUCCACGCGCCUGGCUCUGACACUUGUCGAUGCGCCAUCGAACACGCCUCCCCCAUCCCGCACGAUUAUCUAUUCCGCUGAUGUGGAUGAACCUGCUGCAGCCAUGCACUCUUCCUGGCUCUCCGCUUGCGACGUGUUGAAAUCGGCGGGAACCGUAUCCUCAUUCUCGCCUGCGUCGAAUGACACGAUCAUGCCCAAUCUCGCCAUCCUGGAUCUACACGGACCGAUACCGCUUCCCACGCACCACUUGUUCGAGGUGUACGUCGAGAACAUUGCCGGACCUCUGUGUCCUCGCAUCCAAGCUGGAACACUCCGAGAAGUGAAUAUCUCAUCGGACGGUCCCAUGUAUAGGGAGAGCAUCAGAGUUCUGAACGAACGUCUUGGAGGUGUAGUACGGUGGCAGGGAACCCUAGUAUAG